AUGUCCGAGCAAUCUAUCAUCAAAUACAACUGGAUCCCUGAAGUUGAGACGUUGUCGAGCUAUCGGCCAGGGGGUUACCAUCCGGUCAUGAUCGGUGAUAUUCUCCAUGAUCGAUACGUAAUUGCAGAUAAGCUUGGCUUCGGCGGCUACUCAACAGUAUGGCUGGCUCGCGAUACCCAUCAGAACCAAUACGUGGCGCUCAAGAUCAAUAUGUCGAGUACACAUACACGCGAAGCGCAGAUCCUGAGAGCUGUAGCUGCUCCGACAAAGGUCCCGUUAGCCACUACGAGUGGCGUGAGCUGGAUUCCACAGUUUUUGGAUGAGUUUUUCGUUGAGGGGCCGAACGGCAAGCACAGUUGCUACGCAGUCAACCCUGCGCGCUCUGACCUCAGAGAAACGUCUUUCAGUCGUCUUUUCUCACUCGAAGUUUCCCAUGCAAUAGCAUAUGAGCUUGUGCUGGCGGUUGCUUACUUGCACUCUCGGGGCGUUGUCCAUGGAGAUAUUCAUUUAGGCAAUGUGCUGGUGAGACCCCCUUCCGACUUUGACAACCUUUCGAUAGAUGAGCUGCAUGCGGAAUACGGAGAACCGGAGACUGUUCCCAUCACGCGCUGUGACGGAGAGCCUUUGCCACCUAACUGCCCAGCAGAAGCAGUUGUUCCGCUUUAUCUGGGCAAGCAUGCUGCCGACUUUGAUUUAAACGAUGCAAAAAUAACCCUAAGCGAUUUCGGAGAAGCCUUUUCACCAGAUACAGAGGAACGCCUCGGCAAGGACUGCCACACACCACUACCGUUUCGAGCUCCCGAGGCCAGAUUCGAGCCCGACAAGCCUCUGGCGGCUUCUUCCGAUAUCUGGAGCUUGGCAACUGCGCUGUGGGAAAUAAUAGGGAUGAAAGCGGUUUUUAGUACCGAUUUUGUUAGUCCAGACGAAAUCAUAGCGCAGCAUAACGAUGUGCUAGGUCCCAUGCCUAAAGAGUGGUUGGAAAAAUGGCAGGCCAGACCUGAAUUUUUUGAUGACUCCGGCGCCCCCACUGAGGGUUACCGAAGAAAACAGUGGUCAACUCUGGAUGAAUCCCUCGAAACCAGCAUUCAACAAUAUCGACGAGAAGAUGGAAACGAGAUGGGUCCAGGGGAGGCCAGAGCCUUUAUAGAGUUGAUGCGAUGGAUGCUCUCAUAUCGGCCUAGCGAUAGGCCAACGGCAGAACAAGUCCUGGGCUCAGAGUGGCUGAGUAAAUGGGCACGGCCCGACUUGAUGAAACCUGGCAAGAAGCUGGGCGGCAUCGCACGCUCAUCUACCAACAAAAUGGAGUUCGACGAUCCUGAUGAAUAUGAUAUUACCUUCCCAAGGCGCCAGAUUGCGUGGCAGCUCGGCAGUGAAGUCAUCCAGGUGCAGCCCACCCUCAUCCUGAAGAAGGGUGCCAAGGUUCGACCUUCAGAAAUGGCUGCUAUGAACCUCAUCCAUAAACACGCCCCGAGCAUUCCGGUCCCCUCCAUUGAAGGCUACGACUUCAGAUACAGAGACGGUGACGCCUACUACGGCGAGCUUCUCAUGGACUACAUCCCCGGAGAGACCCUCAUGACCGCAUGGGCCAAGCUCGACGACCAAGGCAAGGGCCGCAUCUGCCAGAAUAUCUGGGACAUUGUCGCUACGAUGCGGUCCUCUGUUCCUCGUCCCGAAGACCUGGCGCCGGGUCUCUACCGCACCGUCGACGGUCAUCCGUCGUACGACCCGCUGCUCGGCGACAACAACGAUGUCGCGCCACGAGAGAUGGACGACGAGACCCUGCGAACGCGCAUCUGGAGGCGCUAUGUAGCAACCAACGGCCUCUCGUACAAGGACGGCGCCAGCGUCAAGGACGAGCUGCCGCACAGUGACAAGUCGGUGUUUACGCACGGGGACCUUGCUCCCCGGAAUAUCAUGGUGGAUGAUGCAGGCCGCAUCACGGCGGUGCUGGACUGGGAGUAUGCGGGCUGGUACCCAGACUACUGGGAGUACAUGCAGAUGAUGAAGUUUUGUGAUCCGCUCGAGUACGAGUGGCAACGGUGGAUGACGCAGACGAAACCUGAGCCGUGGGAUAUCAGCGCGUUCCGGAAGGCGUGGCGCGUGCUGUUUUGA